AUGUGCGGCGCAUGCGCAGAUGGGGCGACUGUGAACGCGGGUAUGCCCUCAGAUCCUUGUAACCCUCCAUCCUAGACGCCGAGCAGCCGAUCACCAAACAGCACUAGAGAGACAGAAAUGGGAGAAUAAACAGGGAUGCUCGCACGCUGUAAGGGACACUGGAGGUAGAUGUGAGGGAUAACUGCAACUGGUGAGAGAAUCCCUCCACUGGGCUCCUCCCAUCCCAGCCCUCUCCAACACCAGUCUUCAGAGCCCCAUUCCCAACUGCCAACAUGUUCUCCUCCAACUUUCUGAGUGGGGGGAAUCCUCUAAGUGCAAUGUCCUCUGCUGUAAACAAGUUCAGUCAUUUUGGGGAUGAGGAGGAAAAGCAACAACAGCAGCCUCCAGGACCCUCAAAGCAGAAGGAUCCUCAACAGCAGGGGAAUGGCCAACCUGCCUCACAGGGGCCUCAGAGGCAAAGUGGACAGCAGACACGGGGUGUGGGAAGGGGAGGCCAAGGAGCUGGACGGGAUGGAUCUCAACCACAAGGAGCUGGUCGGGGAAGUCCUGUACAGCAAGGAACUGGGAGAGGAGAUCAUCCACAUCAGGGAGGGGGCAGGGGAGGAUUGCAACAAGGAGCAAGUGGGGGUGGAUCCCCUAAGCAGGGUGUUGGGAAGGGUGGACCUCAACAACAAGGAGCUGGACGGGAUGGAUCUCAACCACAAGGAGCUGGUCGGGGAAGUCCUGUACAGCAAGGAACUGGGAGAGGAGAUCAUCCACAUCAGGGAGGGGGCAGGGGAGGAUUGCAACAAGGAGCAAGUGGGGGUGGAUCCCCUAAGCAGGGUGUUGGGAAGGGUGGACCUCAACAACAAGGCCCAAGUGGACCUGGGUCUCAUCCAGGAGGUGCAGUUGGCUCAAGGCCUCCUUCAGCAGAGCCUCAGGUGAAAGGUGGAUCUGGAGCUUGGGUGAAAUCCCUCUGUCCAGUCUGUAAAAAUACAGAACUUAAUCUUAAAUUCAAGGAUUCGCCCAACCAUAACACCUGCACACAAUGUAAAUCAGUGGUCUGCAACAUGUGUGGGUUCAGUCCUCCAGAUGCAACCGUUAAGGAGUGGCUCUGCCUGAAUUGCCAGAUGCAGAGAGCUCUUGGAGGGGCAGAGAACAGCGGACCUCCUACACUAAAAGCCCAGCCCCAGCCCAAGGACUCCGUACCAUCACAGAACCCUGCAAAGAAAGACACUCUUCAUAGUAAGCAGAUGCCGUCAUCUGCCAGCCAGCCAACCAAACCAACAGAGGGUCAGAAACUGUCAAGCCAGUCCAGCACAAGUGCAACUCAUCCGUCGCAGCAAACGUCACAACAAAAACCUCUUCCACAUCAGACAACAAAAGGUGCUCCUCCUGCCAAAACUGAGAUACCAUCAAAGACUGAGCCCCCUAAAAAAGAAGAAGAGUCCAGUUUCUUUGGUUUCGGUUUCGGUGGUGCUCGAUCCCGCUCUCCUUCUCCACAGCCUGGUGCCUCUUCUGUUUCUGGAAAGGUUCUAGGCUUUGGUUCUUCGUUUCUUAGCUCAGCAUCCAAUUUGAUUUCAGCUGUCCAGGAUGAGCCCUCCACGACCCCACCAACCAAGGGUUCCACUGUUUCCCAAACCUCUGCCAAGAACACCACACCCCCUUCCUCAAGAAAAGGCUCAGAGGCCUCUAAGGGCUCCCCCAAUGUUCCUAAAUCACAGACACAGGAGGGAAAAAGGCAACAGCAACAAAAUAAACCCCAAGACACUCAAAAAACAACGACAACAAAGGAAUCCUCAUCUGCUCAGGCUACUAAAUUGGAUCAAAGCCCGAAACUUCUUCCCAAAGCCUGUCCACUCUGCAAGGCAAGCCUGAGAAGAGAUCCUCCUAACUAUAGUACCUGCACUGAAUGCAAGGCCACUGUGUGUAAUCAGUGUGGAUUUAAUCCUGUGCCUCAUCAAACAGAGGCAAAAGAGUGGCUUUGCUUAAACUGCCAGACACAGAGAGCACUGAAAGGAAUAGAGCCUGCCGGACAACCCACAAUAAAGUCCCAAACACAGCCCAGCAAAUCUCAAAAGAUGGAAUCUACACAUGGUCCUUUAGAGAAACAGCCCACGGCUCAGCCAACAAAGACUAGUUCUGCCAACCAACCUGCUGCUCAGAAAAAGAUGCAUGAACAACAGACUGGUGCAGCAGGAGCAAAGCAAGCUCUCUCCCCUAUGGCUUUACAGCAACCGACAGCAAAAAAUUCCCCCUCUCCUCCUGUGUCUAAAGCAGCACCACAGACUUAUACUGAGCAAGAACAGUCAGGAUUUUUUGGCUUUUCAGGCUUUGGUGGAGCCCGGUCACGAUCACCAUCCCCUCAGCCCGCUGUUUCGGCUAUGUCUGGUAAAGUUCUAGGAUUUGGGUCGUCCUUCCUGAGCUCAGCAUCUAAUCUCAUUUCAUCAGCGGUUCAAGAUGAACCUUCUACGACACCUUCAGUCUCUCAAACGUUCCUCAAGACUACUACUCCGCCAACAUCUCACAAAGGGUCUGCAACAUCGCAAGGGGCUGCCUUAUCAGCGUCUACAGGAAAGGCUAAUCAAUCAGAUGGUCAGAAAGAAGAAAAAAAGACAGAGCUAACUGCUGACCAAAAGAACAAAGCACCAGUAUAUCAAAUUAAAAAAGCUGAACCUUCUUCACAGAUGCCAAAUGCAGACAAAGGCCCUCAAACCUUGCCCAAAUCCUGCCCACUCUGCAAGGUACAAAUCCAAAAGGACCUUGCCAACUACAACACUUGUACUGAGUGCAAAAACACUGUUUGCAAUCUCUGUGGAUUCAACCCAACACCGCAUCAAACUGAGUUGAAAGAAUGGCUUUGUCUAAACUGUCAGACUCAAAGAGCUCUAAGAGGAAUGGAGCCACCAGGACCUCCAAAGUUGGAGACUGCAGCGCAGCCCAACAAAAUCCCUACCACUCAACCAUUGGCUUCACCCUCAAUUCAAAAGAAAGGUGUUUCUGAAUUGGAAAAGUUAGGCAAGAAAACUGACCCUCCUCAGAAAUUACAAGAACAACAAACCAAGGCUCCAAAUGGUACUCUACCAAUCCAAAAAGCCCAGCAGCAAGAAAAUGAAGUAAAAUCUGAAGUUCCUGCCAAGACAGCCAAGGAAGAAUCUGGAUUGCUUGGUUUUUGUGGUGCUAGGUCAAGGUCUCCAUCUCCUCAGCCUGCUAUGUCUGCUGUAUCUGGGAAGGUUCUUGGCUUUGGUUCCUCCUUUCUCAGCUCAGCAUCUAAUUUAAUAUCCUCAGCUGUGCAAGAUGAGACCUCUACAACACCACCAACCUCCCGCAAAGCUUCCACAGUUUCCCAGAACUCAACACCACCCACAUCUCGGAAGAGCUCUGCUGUUCCACAGACCAUAAACACAGGGGAUACUAAACAACCUACUGCACAAAAACAAGAGAAAAAGAUGUCUGAGUCACCUCAGCUAGCAAGUAAAUCUUCUGUGAAAGCAAAAAUAGACCAUACAUUGUCUGCAAAAGUUGACAAAACUCCCCUGCCUCUUCCCAAAAUCUGUCCUCUUUGUAAGGCAGAUAUUACCAGUGAUCCUCCUAAUUUCAACACCUGCACCGAUUGCAAAAACAUUGUGUGUAACCAUUGUGGAUUUAACCCCAUGCCUCAUGAGAUAGAGGUGAAGGAAUGGCUCUGUUUGAGUUGCCUGAUAAAGAGAGCACCUGAACCUUCAAGUCUAAAUCCCCAGCUGCAGAUUAAUGCUGGCUCACAACAAGACAAAACAGCUCCACAUCAGCCUCCUCCAGAACCCAACCUCAGUGAAGAAAAACCUGCACAGAAAGAAACUAUAAAAUCUCAAGAGCCAAAAGAUAGUAGUGCUCCAGCCAAAUCCGAAACAACAUCACAAUCAGAUUCCUCCAAAAAAGAUACAGGUUUCUUUGGCUUUGGUUUUGGUGGUGCUCGAUCUCGAUCACCUUCUCCUCAACCUAUUGUCUCGGAGAAAGUUCUAGGCUUUGGCUCCUCGUUCCUCAGCUCAGCAUCUAAUCUCAUAUCUUCGGUAGUUGAAGAUGAAUCCUCCACAACACCGCCAACACCUCGUAAAGGUUCAACAGUUUCCCAGACCUCAGUGAAGUCUACAACGCCGCCCACCUCUCGUAAGGGUUCAUCGGUUUCACAGACAUCUCUCAAAACCACAUCUGCUGUGGCAGCAGCAGCUACAUCCCAUAAGGGAUCCACAGCAUCCCAGGACACAACAAAAAUACAGGUUGGGGAAAAUAAACCUCUGUCUCAAAAGCAAUUGGAAGACAAGGAGCCCUUACAGUCUCAGCCUUUCAAAUCACCAUCUAAACUGCCAUCAAAGCUUCAAGCAGUUAAUAUGUCCUCUCAGUCUCUCCCUAAAGAAUGCCCACUUUGCAAAGUGGAGCUCAAGAAAGAUCCUCCUAACUUCAACACCUGCACUGAAUGCAAGAGCAUUGUAUGUAACCUCUGUGGGUUUCUCAUGCCUCAUCAAAUCAAGGCAAAGGAGUGGCUUUGCUUAACCUGUCAAGUGCAGCGAGCAUCAGUCCCUUCCCAUGCAGAGCCUCAAUAUCAAGCUAAGAAAGUAGCCCCAGUGCCAAAGAAGAAGGAGCAAGAUGUUCCAGAAACUGCGCAGAAGAACCAAAACACAGAGGAAGCCACCAAUACUGGUCAGAAAACAGCUGUAGUUGGGGGAAAGGAGCCAACUGAUGUGACACCACAACAGCUCAGUCAACUGAAGACCUCACAGCAGAUGAAAUCGGACAAGCCUCAAGAAAAACAAUCCAAGCCACCAAAGGCUGAGCCUAAUCAAGAGCAGUCUGGAUUUUUUGGUUUUGGCUUUGGCGGGGCUCGAUCUAGGUCUCCUUCACCUCAGCCUGCUGUUUCUAUUGUGUCUGGCAAAGUUUUAGGCUUUGGUUCCUCCUUCCUUAGCACAGCUUCUAAUCUGAUAUCUUCAGCUGUUCAGGAUGAACCUUCCACAACACCACCAACCUCCCACAAAGGUUCGUCAGUUUUAGAAACAACACCUCCUCCCCGCUCCCGUAAAGGCUCUACAGUAUCUCAGUCAUUGUUCAACAACAACACAACAUCACCUAGCUCACAACAAGGUUCUGAAACCACACAAGGUUCUCAGAAGGCUCAACCUAGUAAAGAUACUAAACCAUCAACUGAACAGAAACAAGAGGAGAAGACACCAUUGCUUCAACAGGCUGAGGAGCCAUCAAAUAAAGUGAAACAGGAUAAAGAAACACCUAUAUCCAAGCCUCUUCCCAAGGUCUGCCCACUCUGCAAGGUGGAGCUCAAGAAAGAUCAAUACAACAGCUGCACUGAAUGCAAAAAUAUCGUAUGUAACUUGUGUGGGUUCAACCCUAUGCCCCAUCAAAAUGAGGUGAGGUGGCUUUGCUUAGCGUGUCAGAUGCAGAAAGCACCAGAGCCUCCCCCUGCACAGCUUCAGCCACACGUUAAGGAAACGCCACAUCUUCCAGCAGAUUCAGUUCACAAGGAUAAGAAACUAGAAGUGGCAGGGAAACAAGUCAAUAAGCAAACUUUAGCAGAAACUGAACAACCCACCCAAAGAGAAACAAAACAACAUCAUAUUGUAGAAUUUCCAAAGUCAGAAUCUCAAAAAACUGAUCCGCAACCAGACAAACCUGGAUUCUUUGGGUUCGGUUUUGGAGGAGCUAGAUCUCGAUCACCUUCUCCUCAGCCUGCUGUCUCUGCUGUCUCAGAGAAGGUUCUAGGGUUUGGUUCUUCAUUCUUAAGCUCAGCAUCUAAUCUAAUCUCAACAGCUGUUCAAGAUGAGUCUUCUAUAACACCAUCUAGUUCUCGCAAGGCUUCAACAGCUUCUCAAAUGUCUGAUAAGACACCACCAACAUCUCGCAAAGGUUCUGGAGUUCCACAAAUCUCCAAUAAAGUUAAUACCACUCCACCUUCCUCUCGUAAGGGUUCUACAGUUUCUCAGACAUCUGUUAAAACAACUCCUCCAACCUCACAGAAGGAGUCUGAAGCUACAGUAAACCCUAAAAACAUUGAAAAGACAGAUGGGGCAAAAACUAAAGUUGCAGAGAAAGGAGUAGGAACCAAUAAAGGAGCUACCCCACACCAACAACAACAAGGAAAGACCCAAGAUGGACAUGUUCCUAUCUCCUCUGAAAUCCCUGAAGAGUCUAGAGGUAGAUCUCAGUCUCCUUUACUUCCACCUGCAGCUUCUGCUGUCUCUGGGAAGGUUCUGGGAUUUGGUUCCUCCCUCUUUAGCUCAGCAAGUAAUCUGAUCUCAUCAGCUCUAGAUGAGCCUUCUACAACACCGCCCACUUCUCUUAAAGGUUCCACAUCUUCCCAACUAUCUGCUAAGACUACAACCCCACACUCUUCUCGUAAAGGCUCAUCUGUUUCCCAGACUUCAGAGAAGAUUACCACUCCACCUUCCUCACAAAAGGGCUCUGGAGUUUCUCAGAUAUCUCUCAAGACCAGCACACCUCCUGCUUCCUCAAAAGGAUCUGAUGUCUCUCCUAAAAUGCUUCCUUCAGAUGACAAACAUGUACAUGCUGAAAAUAUACAAGAAGAGAUAAAAAAAGAUGAUGAGAAAUCCAUGGUCAAUCAGGCACAGCCAACAACUGUAUCAGUUACAAAAGAUACAGAUCUACCAGAAACAACAAGGACAGAGUCCACUAAAUCAUUUCCCAAAGCCUGCCCUCUCUGUAAAGUCGAUUUGCAGAAGGAGCCUCCCAAUUACAAUACCUGUACUGAGUGCAAAACCACUGUGUGUAACCUAUGUGGCUUUAACCCCAUGCCCCAUGAGACAGAGAAAAAGGAGUGGCAAAGAGCUCAAGCUGAGACUGACAAAGUACCUCCACCAGUAUCACCACUAAAGAAAGCAACACCAACUCCUGUUCCUACACAGAAGAAGCCACUCGAUUCCACAGAUGCUACUGAAAAAGAAAAGACUGCAGUAUCUGCAGGUACAACACCAGGGUCUGGGAAGGCAAGUGCAGUUCCACCAACACAGAAGCUACCCCAGCAGCAAGACAUCAAAAAUUCAGUACAGCCAACACAGAAGGAUGAUACUGUAUCCACAAAAUCUAAAGCCCCACCAAAGACUGCAUCCACAAAAGAAGAGAGUGGCUUGUUUGGUUUUGGACGCUCUAGAUCACCUUCUCCCCAACCUGCUGCUUCCAGUGUUUCUGGGAAGGUCUUUGGAUUUGGUUCUUCCCUGUUGAGUUCGGCUUCUAAUCUUAUCUCCACUGCUGUACAAGAUGAAUCCUCUACUACACUCCUUGCAACUCAGGAGGUUUCAGCAGCUUCUCAAACCCCUGUGAUGACAACAUUAACACCAACUACUUCUCAGAAAGGAUCAGCCGAUGUGUCACCAAAACAAGGAGCUAAAUCUGUUGAAGAAGAGCAGAAAGACAAGAAACCUGAAGAGAAAAGGACAGAAGUUCAGGAAAAAGAAGUAACAAAAGAGGGUGACCAGAAGUCAGAGCCCCCAAAGGCUUGCCCUCUUUGUAAAGCAGAAAUAAUGAAGAAUCCACCAAAUUACAGCACUUGUACUACUUGCAAGAGCACUGUGUGUAAUCUCUGUGGAUUCAACCCAAUGCCACAUCAAACUAAGGUGAAGGAAUGGCUGUGUUUGAACUGCCAGAUGCAGAGAGCUCCUGAACCUCCAGUUGUGAAACCAGGAACUCAGACUACUAAAUUACCUCCACCUGCAUCACCAAAAAAACAAGACACUGGGGGUGUUGUAGCAGAGGAUCAGAAACGUAAUGCUUCUGGGAAACAAGAAGGCAAACCCAAUCUUGCAGAUUCCAAGCAAACUACAUCAGAUGCCCAAAUCCAGAAAAAUGUCUUACCUGCCAAAUCUGAUCAUCCGCCUAAAUCUGAACCUUCUAAACAUGAUUCAGAUUUUUUCAGCUUAGGUUUUGGUGGUUCUCAUUCAAGGUCACCAUCUCCUCAGCCCACUGUGUCUGCUGUCUCUGGGAAGGUUCUAGGCUUCGGUUCCUCCUUCCUUAGCUCAGCAUCCAAUCUGAUCUCCUCGGCUGUCCAGGAUGAACCUUCUAAAACUCCACCAACAUCUCGCAAAGGGUCUACAGUUUCCCAGACUUUGAAUAAGACAACACCAACACCUCCCACUUCUCAAAAAGCAUCAGUAGCUCCACAAGACACUAAACUAAAUCUUCCUGCAGCAGAAUCAAAUCCAACCUCUUCACCAACCCAAGAACAGAAAAAGCCACCAGAUGCUCAAUCAUCCAAACCUAUACAAACUCAAGUGAAAGAGGAGCAUCCAAAAACUUGCCCACUCUGUAAGGAGACCCUUAAGAAGGACACACAAAACUAUAGCUCUUGCACUUCUUGCAAAAGCAUUGUUUGCAAUCUCUGUGGAUUCAAUCCCAAUCCACAUCAAACUGAAGUGAAGGAGUGGCUGUGUUUGACCUGCCAGAUGCAAAGAACUUCAGGUCCUCCCCCAGCUCAACCACAGUCUAACAAAGUACUUCCACCAGCAUCUCCACGAAAGGAAGAGAUUCCAGAGAAGAAGCCAAGUGUUAUAGCUGAGCAGGAAAAUAAACCUCCUAUAGAGACCAAAACACCAAUACCACCAAAUACUCAAAUAUCUAAAGGUGAUGCUUCUCCUUCCAUGUCUGCUCCACUACCUAAAGGUGAACAGAUUAAAGAAGAGUCAGGUUUCUUUGGCUUUGGUUUCGGUGGUGCUCGAUCUCGGUCUCCCUCUCCUCAAACGGCUGUCUCUGAUAAGGUUUUUGGUUUUGGAUCCUCUAUCCUCAGCUCAGCAUCUGACCUGAUCUCUUCGGCUGUUCAGGAAGAAUCCACCACCAAAACUCCACCACCAUCUCGCAAGGGAUCUACAGUUUCCCAGACUUUAAAUAAGACCACACCAACACCACCCACUUCUCGAAAAGGAUCAGUUGCUCCUCAGGAUGCUAAACAAAAACCACCUGAAGGGGAAUCAAAGACAGUUGUUACAUCAAUGCAAGAACCAAAGCCAGUACAGACAACCCCAGAUCCUAAUCUGGCCAAACCUCCACAUGCUCCAGGGGAGCUUCCAAAAAUCUGUCCACUUUGCAAAGAAACCCUCAAGAAGGACCCGCAGAACUACAGCUCUUGUAGUUCUUGUCAGAAAAUUGUUUGUAAUCUCUGUGGAUUCAAUCCCAAUCCACAUCAAACCGAGGUGAAGGAGUGGCUAUGCUUGACCUGCCAGGUACAGAGAACCUCAGGACCUGUCCCUGCUCAGCCACAAUCCAACAAAGUACCACCAGCAUCUCUAGAAAAGAAAGCAACUCAAAUUCUGCCUUCUUCAGAAAAGAAGCAGAGUGUCCCUGCUGAGCAGGACAAGAAACCUCCAGUAGAGACUAAAAAACCUACAAUUACUCCAACACUAAAUGCUCAAAAGUCCACCGGUGAAGCUUCUACUUCCAAACCUACUCCAUCAUCUAAAGUUGAACAGACUAAGGAAGAGUCUAGUUUCUUUGGCUUUGGUUUUGGAGGUGCUCGAUCCCGGUCACCUUAUCCUCAGUCUGCUGUCUCUGAGAAAGUUAUGGGUUUUGGGUCAUCCUUCCUUAGUUCAGCAUCUAAUCUGAUAUCCUCAGCCAUUCAGGAUGAGUCAUCCACCAAAACCCCACCAAGUUCUCGUAAGGGAUCCACUGUGUCCCAAAGUUCUAUUAAGAUGACACCAACACCACCUACCUCUCGAAAAGGUUCAGAAGCUUCACAACCCACACAAAAAAUUAAACCACAAGAAGAAGCCAAACUUAUUACUGCACAGAAACAGGAUGGAAAGAAAAAAGGGGGAAAUAAACCACAGGAUGAGAUGACCAAAGAACCAGUCGUUGAUGUGAAAAUUAACAGACCAGCCCCGGAGCUUCCGAAAGCCUGUCCACUCUGUAAAGUGGACAUAAAGAGGGAUCCACCAAAUUACAACACUUGCUCUGAAUGCAAGGACAUGGUGUGCAAUCUUUGUGGAUUUAAUCCUAUGCCACAUCAAACUGAGGUUAAGGAAUGGCUGUGUUUGAACUGUCAGAGAAAGAAAGCUCAAAUGUCUCCCUCUGCCCAACCACAGCCACAGGUUAGCAAAGUAUCUACACCAACAAUACCAGAAAACAAGGAGGCUCUCAUACAUACUCCAAUUCCAAUGUCUCCAAAAAAUAAGCCAGAUGUCAUUGAGAAGAUAAGCACAUCAUUUGUUACAGAGAAUCAAGAGAACAAACCUACACAAGCUACAACACAACCACCUGAAAUGCCAAAACGUGAUCCUUCACCUGCAAAAUCAUCUGUACAACAGAAACCAGAACCUUCUAAAGAGGAAUCAGGUUUAUUUAGCUUUGGUUUUGGCGAUGUUCGAUCUGGAUCACCUCAGCCUUCAGUGACUGCUGUCUCAGGGAAGGUUCUAGGCUUUGGAUCCUCCUUUUUGAACUCUGCAUCUAAUCUAAUCUCCUCAGCCGUUCAAGAUGAGUCCUCCACAAUGCCACCAACUUCUGGUAAGGCUUCCACAGCUUCUGAAAUGUCUGCAAAGACUACAACGCCACCGACAUCUCGCAAGGCAUCUGUGGUUUCCCAAGCUUCAGUUAAGACUCCACCAACACCACCCGCUUCUAGGAAAGGAUCUGUUCCUUCUCAAAAAGUUCCACAUUCUGACACAAAAGCACCUACAACAGACAAACCAAAGGAGGACAAAACAGAUGAGAAGCAGGUGCAACAGGCUUCAGCAGUACCUGAAGCUUCAGUAGUAGCAGUUGCAGCUCCUAAAGCGGAAAACAAAGCAUGUCCUCUUUGCAAAGUCUAUCUUAAUGUGGGUUCAAAGGACACUCCUAACUACAAUGUCUGCACUGAGUGCAAGAACACUGUUUGUAACCUCUGUGGAUUCAACCCAACACCCCAUCAAACAGAGGACAAUGAAUGGCUAUGUUUGAAUUGCCAAACACAGCAAGCAUUAAAUGGAAUGGAACCACAAGCACCUCCCAAAAUAAAUAACCAUCAACAACCUGAAAAUGUCUCCAUCUCAGCACCACCUCCAAGGACAGAAUGUAUAACACCAGGGGCACCAUCAUUAGUGCCAACCAUGGUUCCUGAUCCUGAAACCCAAAAGAAAGAGAUUCAAGCUGUGGCCAUUCCUGAUAAAACUAAGACUCCUGUUUCAGUGGAUGCCCAAAAGAAAGAAUCAGUCUCAGCUUCACCAAAACCACCAGAGACUAACAUAAAGGCACAACCUGCAUCCUCUCAGAAGAAAGAAACAUCAGAUUCAAAGAAAGAUAAAAAAUCUGACACACUCUUAAAGGAGUCUGACAAGUCUCCAGAAAAAUCUGCUCCACCUCCACAGGCAGAGCCACCAAAACAGGAAUCCAGUUUCUUUGGUUUUGGAUUUGGUGGUCCUAAGGUACAACCAACUUCUUCUAAGCCAUCUGAGUCAACCACUGGGAAACUCUUUGGCUUUGGUGGCUUGACAGAAACAGCUAGAUCUCGAUCACCAUCACCAUCACCACAGUCUGUUUCUGCUGUCUCUGGGAAAGUUAUGGGCUUUGGAUCCUCUAUAUUUAGCUCAGCAUCGAAUUUAAUCAGCUCAGCUGUUCAAGAUGAAACUUCCACUAUACCCCCAACUUCUCGAAAGGCAUCCACAGUUUCCCAGACCUCUGCUAAGACUACGAUAGGAGACACCAAACCACAUGCAGGACAAGAUGCAGAGAAACCAGCGGAGAAGAAACCAGAAAUCAAGCAAGUCACAGCCAAACCACCUCAGAAACCUGCUCCUGAAGAAGUCAAGACUAAUUGUCCAUUAUGCAAAGUAGAACUCAAUAUUGGUUCCAAGGAUGCUAAGAAUUUUAACACAUGCACAGAAUGCAAGAUAACAGUGUGCAGCCAAUGUGGAUUUAAUCCAAUGCCUCAUCAAACAGAGGUUGAGGAAUGGCUCUGCCUGAAUUGCCAGGUACAACGGGCACAGGCAGGGAUGAAAACAACUGAAAGUCCCACAGUGAAACCUCAGCCAAUUCCCUUAGUUAAACACAACCAAACUCCAUCCAAAGUUGACAAGGUAUCUACAGCUCCAGUUGAAACCAAACUGGAUGAGAAGCCUGCUGCAGCUGAAAAGAAAGCUGUCUCUCCUCAAGAAAUAAAGAAAGAGAUCUCAGUUCCAAGCUCUCAACAAAAGGCAGGUACUGAUGCCAUGGGAACUGAUACAAUCACCCCAAGAAAAGAGCCUCCUAAGCAAAACAAUACUCAACUAAAUCCUGCGAAAGCUCAACAAGAGCCACCCAAAGAUACAACCAUUCAUGUCAAAUCUGCUCCACCUACCGAGACUGGACCCCAAAAACAGGAAUCAAAUUUUUUUGGUUUUGGAUUAGGUGGUCCUAAAGCACAGCCUACUUCUAAACCAUCCGAGUCAACAACUACAGGAAAGUUCUUUGGUGGAUUUGGUGGCCUGACAGAAACUUCUAGAUCUCGUUCACCAUCCCCACAGUCAGUUUCUGCUGUCUCUGGGAAAGUUCUGGGUUUUGGAUCCUCAUUAUUUAGCUCAGCGUCUAAUCUGAUCUCCUCAGCUCUUCAAGAUGAGCCAUCCACAACACCCCCAACUUCACGAAAAGGCUCCACAGUUUCUGUUGAUUCUGGUAAAUCUACCACAGCACCAGCUUCUCGCAACGGCUCAGUGGCCUCUGCCAAGACUACACCACCAACAUCGUGCAAAGGAUCUGUUGCAACAGAACCCAACAAGGUACUUCCUGAAAAAGAGAACAAGCCACCUGUUGAAAAGAAACCAGAGCAGCUCAAUGAGAGCAAAGUAUCAAGGAUACCUACUUCAGAAAAGGAUAAACCUGAAACUGGACAGGAUAAAUUAGUAAAACAUCCUGAAAGUGUACCUCAACCAUUCACCUGCCCACUCUGCAACGUGGAUCUUAACAUGGACUCAAAGGACCCUCCUAAUUACAACACCUGCACUGAAUGUAAAAGCAUUGUAUGUCAUCUCUGUGGAUUCAACCCCAUGCCUCACCUUGCUGAGGCUGAGCGGUUGUGUUUGAUUUGUCAAACACAGAGAGCUCUAGCUGGGCAGCUGGGAGACAUGGGAAAAAUACCCAUAUCCAGCCCAGUAUCCAUAAAAGACAAGCCUACAGUCACACCCAAAACACAGCUGUCCGAGACUUCUGCACAGACACCUAUUCCAAAAUCUGAGCCAAAACAGUCACCUGCAAAGCAGGCAGAGGAGGAGAAAACCAUCCCUACAAUUGUUGCAAAGGCAGUGGCGACUGUUCCAGUGUUCCCUGCACCUCUCCCUGUUGUUCCUACCACAGAUAUGCUGCAGACAGAGAUGACAGCUGUGGUGGCACCAGUACCAGCUGCAGAGACUCACAAAGCUGUUAUUACUGCUGCUGAAGUCACUUUAAAAGAAACAGUCAAAGACAAAUUCCCAGAUGAGACACAAGUAGAGAGAGAACCGAUGUCUAUGCUUCCAGCAGUGUCAACUGAGGCAGAUGAAGUAAAGGUUAAAGAGGAUACAUACACUCAACCUGCAAUAGAAGGACAACAGAAAGAUGUUGUGGUACAGAUAGAUAGCAGUCUUCCAGAAAUUUCUAAAGUAGACACCUUAAAAGCAGAUAUUAAAGAGCAACAUAGAAAGGACAUCUUGCCGGUAUCAGUAGAAUCAUACAGCUCGGCUGAGGAGGAGCUUAAGGAGAUACAGAGAGUCAGUGAAAUGACCAUAAUAGAUACUACUACAAAACUGUUGCCUGUCAGAGCAUCAGACAGUGUAAAACAAUACCAAGAGGACAGCAGUGAGAGUGAACCCUCCCCUCAGAUACAGAGAAGAAGAGUGAGGCCUGCUUCCUCCAGCAGUGAGGACUACAAACUAGACAGUUCAAAUUCUGUAGAUGACGAAGAGUUCAUACGAAGACAACUUAUGCACAUGGGUGAAGAGGAGAACUUACCUUCUGAUGAGGAAAAACACAGAGAAGAACAACAAACACAGCAAGAAACCAGAGAAGUCGAAAAAUCUGAUGAUUCCAUGAAGCCUAAACGUGCCCUAAAGAAACUUACUGUAGAGCCUGAGGAAAUUUCUGAUAUCAGUCUGUCUUCUCAUGACCAAAAUGAUCAAGUUGCCCAAGCCAUCCCUGUCUCAGAAGCAUUAGAAGAAAUCAGAGUGGAAAUAUAUGUGUCAAAUGACAAUGAAAAGAUCAUAGCUACUGACACCACAGCCAUUACACAAAAAACUCCUGUUAGACAGACCACAGAGGAACAUGAGAGUCUGAUUGAAGACUCAUCCAAGGGUGAUGGGUCGUCCAGUGUUCAGGUGUCUAGCAUCACGCCAGGAACAGCUUCGUCUAAUUCUGUAUCCUCUAUUGAUGAAGACAGUGAUAGUAGCCGAAGUCAUAAAAAGGCAAGAGCGGAGGGUAAACAGCAAAGAAAGGCAAAAUACAGACCUCAUGGCCAGGUCUUUCCCACUAUAGAGGACUCGUCUGAGGAGGAUGAGUUACGUGAGGAGGGUAAACAGAUGGAUCAGGAAGAUGAAAGAGAUGAUCAGCAGAAGUUAAGAAAGGUCACAAAAAAAUUAAAGGCAGAAAGAGAUGAUCUGGGCAUGCAAAGGAGACGUCAUCAUUUGGUUAAAACUGAUAAAUUAAGGAAGGCAGCAGGGCUGGAGGAACAGAAGUCCUCCUCCUUCUCUGACUUUUCACCUAGUUUUGAAUCUGAACCAGAGAAUGCAGAAUACAGAACAUUAUCAUCUGAAACACAUGAUGCUGCAGAGAAGCCAUUAAAGAGUGCUGAAGAGGUAUAUGAGGAAAUUAUGCAGAAAGCACAGGAAUACAAAACAUCAGAGAAAUUCACACCACCCGAUAUUGAACCAUUAUAUGGAGGAAUGUUAAUAGAGGACUAUGCUUAUGAAACUUUAGUUGAACAACAAGAACAGGCUGCAACAGCUCUUGGUAAAGUCACCCAUGAGCAAGAUUUGAGAAAGUUGUCUGAACAUGAGUCGGUGAGGAUACUUAUGACACCAGAUGAGGCUUAUGAGGAGAUGAUGCAUAAAAGGAGCAAGAUCAUGCAAAAAGACGAGGCGGCUCAGCAAACACAUGCAACAAAGAUCGACACAUCCUUGCCACUUGAUGUCAGUGACACUUGUUAUGUGACUAUUUCUGGAAAUGAUGCACUUACUACAGAUAAAAAUGCAAAGCCACUGUUGCAAACAGAGGAUGCCUAUGAAGAGCAAUUGAAGACACAAAAAGAUGUUUUAACACCGGGAACAAGUCCGACACAGUCAACUCCUGUGUCUCCUGCCUCCCCUCUAACUGUGUCUGAGUCAUCAUAUGAUUCCCCUGAGGUGAUUCUCAUCCCUUCAAGUGGGGAAGAAGACAACCUAGCUGAACCUAUAGAAUGCAUUUUGGAGCCUUAUAUUACAGAGUCCACAUUUACUCAGGAUGUAUUUGGGAAUAAAGCUUUAUAUCCAAUUCCUGACUUAAAGAUCACUCAGUGCUCCUCUGGUGAAGAGGAAGUUGAAGAGGAGUACAGUGUCACACAAGAAAAAAUGUCAUCUGAGCCAACUGAUAUCCCUCAAAGUGAAGAGGAACCACAAGCCCCAGAAGAAUCAUUUGAGACUGUUCCCAUUUCUGUAAUCUGUGAAGUUCCCUCAUCAAAACAUGUUGUGGAGACAACAGCAAUAUCACCACUGUCGCCACCAACAUCUUCAGCAGUCUCAUCCCCAGAUUCAAAUAUAGAACUAACAACAGCACCAUCAUCCUCUCCAGUUUCUGACCAGGCAUCUGAAUUAACUACUCCAGCUAGCCCCAGUGUUGCUGAAGUUUCUGCCCCAGUUGUAAUUCACAUGCCAGACUUGGUGUCUGAGCAAGCCACAACACACCCAUCAGCAAGUGCUCCUGUUGCAUCUUCCACACAGAUUAUUGGAUCCCCUUCACCGGUCACUCCAGCCUCACCACAUGUCUCAGAAAAUGCUAGCACUCCGACUCCUUCUGAAAUUCUUGUUUCAAAGCCAACACCAGGUCCAAAACCAACUCCUGCACCAAAACCUAAACAGGAAACAGUCCCUACUCCAGAUAGUCUUUCAUCCUUUACACUGGAUUCAGCUUGUCAAGAUUUAGCUCAGAAACCUUUGGCCGGUGCAAUACAUGAAUCACUUUCAGCUGCUAAAUCAGCCUCUACAGACAAACAAGCUGUUGUACAAAUAAUUGCUCCAAAAGUAAACUAUGUAAAAACUCAUACUACUACUGUUGCUACACCCAUUGUUCAGUCUCAAAAAGGACCUUUAACACAAACAUCUGUUGUUGUUCAAAUGCCCGAUCUUGUGUCCCCUGCAUUAGACCAUCCAGUUCUAGAACAAACUCCAGUUUCAGCACCUAACCUGCCAUCCACUGCACUCAGGAAUCAGAUUCCUACAACUAACACCAUUGUUGCCCAAAUACCAGACCUGGUUACAUCUCCAUCUCAAUCAAUCUCUGUGACUUUUCCAAUACCUUCUCUAACCUAUGCCCCACUUCCAGCUACAGUUUCAGCAGUGGAUCAAGCACCUAUUUCUGUUCCAACAAUGGUAUCAGACUCAAUACCAGCAAAGGUUCUCUCUGCAGACCAGACCAGCUCAGCUGUUGAACAAGUGGCCACACCACCAUCUGCUCAAUCCAGUAUUCCUGCUUCAGCAAAAGAGACUCAGCCACCAACCAGUGUUUCUAUUCAAAUUCCUAUUCAGAAGUCAGAAGAAACCAGAUCGCACAUGGCAGCCCAGUUAGGCCAGGCAGCCACUAUUUCACCUCCAGCAGGUCAUAGAGAGUAUAUUGCUACAAAGACAGUCUCUGUUGUGUCUCCCACUGUUACUACAACUGUUGCUUUUGGAACUUCACCCUCCCAACCAGUUCAAUCAAGGCUGACCAAUAUUCAGACAAGAAUGGUGGAAAUGCAGAAGGAAAAUACAGCAGAUGAUGGAAUUUCUCCACAACAGUCAGUUUCACAAAUAAUUUCUCCUGUUGUGCAGACAGAGAGAGGCCACCCUGUUAUUGUUAGUGUUUCUCCUUUUACAUAUCCAGCCACAAUGUCAAGUUUCAUCACUGAUUCAACAGUUCCACCUUGUGUGACAUCUGCAAAACCCCAUGUUUCUCAAGAAAGAAUAGAUAAACCAGUGAUUUCAUUUCCACCACCGCCUCAAGCUUCACCACCAGAAUUGCCAUAUAGCGCAGUACCCAAGGCUGAUUUUAACCAGCAAAAGACUAUUCCAACUCCCUCAUCAGUUACAGCAACUCUACCUGAACCCCCACCAAAUGUGGCCAGCGUAAAUAUAAAACCAGCUGUGACCCCAACACACAAAUCACCACCCCCUGUUCCCCCCAAACCUGUAUGUAUUCCACCAGGACUGGUAUUUAGUCACAGAUCAAGAGAGAGCAUUAAGCCACCAGUUAGCCCCGAGCCAGUAGUUGUUCAAGCAGUUCGUGCUGCAACUUUGCCAAGAACAAGGGAACCUCCAAAUGCAUUGUCACUAAGUUUGGCUGCCCCUGUAGAGACUAAGCACAGUGCUUCAUCACCAAAAUCACCUUUGUCACCCAGAUUUGCUAGAACUCUUGAAACAUAUGUGGUGAUAACAUUGCCCUCAGAACCAGGAUCUCCUGUCGAGAGCAUUACAACUCAAGCACCGAUGAGAAGAUCAUCACUGACAACUCCCAGACAGCAGGUUCCAUCUGAUGCUCCAAGAGUGUUUGCUCCAGCUUCAGUGGAUCCACCGGUGUCAUUCAUUUCAGCACAAAUUGUAGCAGCCCCACCAAAGCCUACCUCAGCUUUAAAUACAGCAGUGCCCCUUGAGGCGAUGGCACCUGACCUUGCUUCAGUCACAACAGAGACUCAUCAUAUCACACUAGCUGCAGUUUCAAGACAAAGUAUUACGGAACCUUGUGUAAUGGUCCCAGAGCUGCCAGUUGCUUCUGUACAAACAUUUGUUUCACCACCUCUUGUAAUGGCAUCAUCAGGAGUAGCACGAUCUAUGACUGUUGUUCCUCAUAUCACAAUGGAGAAUACAAUUAAUUCCCCAUCUGCAAUUAUAACACCACAUGAUACAGCACCAGUUGUAAUGGCACCUACUGUUUUGAUUUCAGCAGCACCUGUUGCAGCAGCACCACCACCACCACCGCCCAUUGCUAUGGAACCAACAGCAUAUCCAGCAAUGAUGUACCCCACACCUUCCUUGAUUUCUUCUCUUCCCACAGCUCCAGUCUCAGUGGUGCAUACAUCAAAACCAUCAGAGGAGGUACCGGUAGCCUUAGCUCCACUGUCAGGAGUUUAUGCUGAUUCUGUUCCUCACAAUACAGUGAGUGAUGUGCAACAAGAACUUGAAAUGCAACAAAUGCAAACAACAUAUUCUGCUCCAAUAACAAUAACCCAGAUUCCAAUCCCAGCUCAAAAUGAAGACAUUCCUGGUUUGGAUAUGGAAGAAGUACUAAUAGUCUCAGCUUCUGAAGAGGCCUUAACUGAACUGGGUCCAUCACCAGUACCAAUAACACAGCUUCAAGAGCACCAAGCAGUUUAUGAGCAAAAAAAAGAAAUUCCAGCAGUGACCUCUGCAACAACUGUGCCACCAGUACCAGUCACAUUUGCACAAUUUACAAAAUCUAUUGAGAGUCAAGAAUUUUGUGGACAAGAUAAAGUUAUAUCAAGCAUGAGCCAAGUUUACUCUGCAAUCUCAACAACUGAGCAGCAUCCUGAUGCAUUGCCUAAUCUUGUAACCCAAGUUGUCAAGACUGAAGUACAAAGAACAACAACUGUGUCAGUUGUCCAGGAGAGGAUUCCUGUCGAACCCAUACCUGAACCUGUGGGGGCUACAGUCACAAUCCAGCCAGAAGUCCAUCCAAAGCCUAAACAGAAUGGAAGAAUACACUACCCUAGUAACGUUAUAGAUCUUACCACAUUUAAAGUCAAUGUUACAAUGACUGACCAAGGAAUGGAUCUGACUGCCCCAGAUUCAAGUAGGUCUUCCGUGUCAAGUGAAUCAAGUGGGCGACAGGCCAAUGCUGUACAGCCUGAAAUUGUGAAUCUUAGUGCUGAAAUAAUCCCCACUACAACACUCUCUUUUGUAACUGACAGCAUAACAAUUGUCACUUGCACAGCUACAAUUGCCUACAACAACAACACAGUUGACAAGCCUCUGGACCUGGGAAAUGCUACUUCAGUGCCUCUUCCACUUACCACAUAUAAUCCAUUUGAGCCACUUGCACAGAUAGUGUACAGACCUGUGAAUUUGCAACCUAAGCCUACAACCAGUGCAGAGAUUCCUGUUAACCUUUCAUACAGAGCUGUUGCAACCACAGCUGCUACUCUUAUGCCUGUAACUAUAGCCCCGGUGAGCUUCACAAAUGGCACUGCUGGUAUACCAAUACAUAUAGAGCCAUUGGCAGUUGGACCUGUAGACCUCACCAGGUCUAAGCCAAUGAAAACCAUGGUUGCUUUGUCCUCAUCCUCUGGAGUGGUCACAACUGUUUUGGAAGAUGAUGGUACACCAGUUGAUCUAACAUCUGGAAGACGGACUGCUUGCUGCGAUGUAAUUUACAGGAUUCCUUUCACAGGGAGCUGCAGAACACAACCUCCUGUGACCACACAACCAGACAAUCAAAUUGCCUAUCAAAUUGAUAUUGCCACAACACCUGUCAUUGAAGAUCUUAGUACCAUGAAGGCUUUGAUAUCCGACAGUGAUUUCAAAGAGGCUGGACUCUUUGGUUAUGAAAGAAAGAAUGGAUUCUCAUAUCAGAAUGGGGCAUCUGAGGGGGCUAUUGAUUUGACAUCAGCUAAAAUGUCAACAGAAGAAGCCUUAGACUACUCAAAGAAAGGUACUUUGGCAUUUACUGGGAUCACCACUACUCCAUAUUCUCAAGGAAAGUCGUUUGGCAUUGAUAGUUUACUGAGAUCGACAAAUGGCAUCGUUUACUCAUCUGUUGCUGCACCCGUUCCCUCCACAUAUGCAAUUACCUCCCAACCAGGUUCAAUAUUCAGCACAACAUACAAUAGUCUCACCAAUUCUAUGGAGCCAUUUUCAGCACUUCAAAAUCAGCCUGCUCCAUAUGGCUUUGUACACACCACAGCCACAGACCAAUCAAUAUUCCCACAGCCUGAUAUAUCAAAGGAUAUCCUACCUUCUGCAUUAGCCAGUCUCCUUCCUUCCCUGACAGCCUUCCCUGAGCUCUACUCGGAUGCUACUCUUGAGGUAAUAGCAGCCUCACUGGACAUGCUGGUAUCCCCGAAUUUCCCUGAUUUAGAUGACAGCAAGAGCCAACAGUACAAGGCUGAACAUGAGUUCUUACAAUUAGAGAAAUUGAAACAGCUGUGUCUAGCGGAAGAACUUGAAUGGGAGAGGCAAGAGAUACAGCGUUACCGUGAGCAAGAGCAGAUCAUUGUUCAGAAGGAGCUGGAGGAGCUUCAAAACAUGAAGCAGCAACUUCUAAUGCAGCAAGAAGAGGAAUGCAAAGCCCAUCUGAUUCUUCAGCAAGAAACCUUUGUACAGCAGCAACUUCAGUUUGAGCAAAUCCAUCGAUUACAGCAGCAACUCCAGCAACAACUAGAAGAGCAAAAGAUAUACCCAUAUGGGUUCGGGCCAAGUGAGGGUAUGUCCCCACCCUUGAGCUCAGACAUCAUACUUGACUCAAAAUAUUCUGUGGGAGAUAAUGGACAGUACUGGCCAGUGAAGGAUGACAAUUCAGUGUCGUCUGCAGUGUCCACCCAUGACUCCACAUCAGGUCAAAACUGGCUAACAACAACUUCUGGAGCUUUUACACAGUAUAGUUCAAGCAUUCCUGUAUCAGUGAGUGCACAGACAAAGGAUCAAAUGCAGUUGUCCACAAACCUACCAGGUACAGCCAAGCAAGAGCAAAGUGUGGGGUUAAGUGGAAAGAAAUUGGUUGAGAGUGGUGUUCAAACAGAUGAUGAAGAUGGGGUUGAAAAGAUUCCUUCUGGUAGAAGGAGAAGAAGUAGGAGAAGUGUAGAUAGCUGUGUGCAAACUGAUGAUGAGGAUCAGGAUGAAUGGGAUGUCCCCGUUCGGAGCAGACGCAGGUCUCGUUCCAGUAGAUAUGCUGAUGGAGAGAAGGGAAAAAGCUCCAAGGUAUCAAGUAUUGCGAUUCAGACUGUAGCCGAGAUUUCAGUUCAGACAGAGCAUUCAGGGACAAUUAGGAGAUCUCCUGUUCGGGCUCAGGUGGACACAAAAGUAGAUUUACACAGAGAGGGCCAAACAGAAAGUGAUUCAGAAAUUACGUCAGACAGCGAUAAAAGAUGUCCAGCUCCUUCUGAGAUAAGUGUUAGCACACACCUGACAGCUAAUGAUGUUGGAACAUUGUUACUUACCAAAUCUCCAAAGGUAUUAUGCUCCCCGGCUUCACCAGUGUCCCCUGGGAAAAGCUCACAGAAGAUGCUUACUGCUGAUUCAUCAAGGCAUCUCAGUAGUACAAGAUCACUAAGGGCCUCACAACGAUCUCUGUCUGACCCCAAGUCACUCAGUCCGACAACUGAGGACAGAAUGAUGUACCAGUACUCAGACGCCUACUCAAGCAAAGGUUCCCAGAGUGGCACACCAGUUGGCACUCAGAAGAAAGUAAAACGCACACUACCUCAUCCACCACCGGAAGAAGAUACCCUCAUUGGCCUCUCUGGGUACACCACUGCUUCUGCCAGAAGACGAAUGUGCCGAAACACCACUAUGGCGCGGGCCAAAAUCCUCCAAGACAUAGACAAAGAGCUGGAUUUAGUUGAACGUGAGUCCUCAAAACUCCGUAAGAUACAGGCAGAACUUGAUGAAGAGGAGAAAGAGAUAGAUGCUAAAUUGAGAUAUCUGGAGAUGGGUAUAAAUCGAAGAAAAGAGGCUUUACUGAAAGAGAGAGAGAAGAGGGAGAGAGCCUACUUACAAGGAGUGGCAGAAGAGCGAGACUACAUGUCAGAUAGUGAGGUCAGCAACAUCAGAGAGGCACGAGGUAAUGGUCAUGGACUAGAACGGCCACGGACUGCCCCACAGUCAGAGUUUAACCAGUUCAUUCCACCACAGACUGAGUCCGAGUCCCAGUAUGCACAGCUUACAAGUCCAUACUCCCAUUAUCAGUAUGCAUCCCAAACAAGUCAGUAUCCUCAGCAGACAUUGUACCAGCAGCAGUCUCUUUACCAUCAGCAGGUGUCCCCCUACCAAUCCAUCUACUCAUCAGUGCCCUCACUCAAUCAGCAGUCCCAGCAGACUGGCUAUGACCAUUCCUCACUCCUCCUGAUGCAUCAGAAACCCCGUCAGACUACUUUGUCUGACUUAGAACCAAAGAUUACGACAAACUAUGAGGUUGUACGCAACCAGCCCCUCCUAAUUGUCCCUACAUCCACAGAGAGUGCCUACGGAGUUUCCCAUCUUGGUGGUAAAUACAGUAGCCUUGAUCUGAGGAUGGGCCUGGAAGAGAGGGCCAGCAUGGCCAGCAGUCCCAUGUCCAGCAUAUCAGCUGAAUCCUUCUAUGCAGACCUUGACCACCACAAUGCCAGGAACUAUGUCUUGAUUGAUGACAUCGGCGAACUCACAAAGAGCUCUACAGGCCUUGGUUCAAGCUUCAGUAUCGCCGAUAAGGAUAUCAGCAAAGCUGACCGACUUCUCCGGACUGCUGAUGUUCGUCGGACAGCAGAUGUGGCAGACUUUCUUGGACCUCUUCAGCCUGCUUCUCGAUUGCAUUCAUAUGGUAAAGCAGACGAAGAUUCCAUGGAAGAGCCAUAUGAAUUGAAGAUGUUGAAACAGCAAAUUAAGCAGGAGUUCCGAUGUGGUACGGAUAGUCUCGAAAUGCUUACAGGCCUGCCUCACUACCUCCACUCCGACGCUAGUUUUAGGCAUUUCCCCAAAGCUGAUAAAUAUAGCAUCGGGAGACUAACUUUAGAGAAGCAAGCUGCCAAGCAACUUCCGGCCUCAGUUCUUUACCAGAAACAGCUAAAGAAUAAAAAAGCACUAAUUGACCCCAAAAUUACAAAGUUUUCGCCCAUCCAAGAGAGCAGGGACCUUGAGCUAGAUUACAGCACCUUUUUGUCCUCUGCCAGCUCAUCAGUUGGUGGACUGUCUUCCAGGGCAAGGCUCCUGCAGGAUGAGAUCACAUUUGGUCUUAGGAAGAACCUAGUGGAGCAACAGAAAUAUUUGGGUUCAGCUCUUGGAGCUAACCUGGCUCAGUCACUCAACUUUGGCCAAUCCCUCAACCUAGGGCCUACCAUAAGGUCUUCCCUUCACGAUGAUGGCACCUACCCCAGUGGCACUCGGUCAAGACCUUCCUCUAGGCCUUCCUCUGUAUAUGGACUGGACCUGUCUAUCAAAAGAGACUUGUCAAACUCCUCACUACGCCUGAAAACAGAGGGUGAGGGCAUGGAUUCCCAGUUUGUAUCUAGGGCUAAACCAACAAGUCUGCCAAUUAGUCAGAGCAGGGGUCGAAUUCCCAUUGUUGCACAAAACUCUGAAGAGGAGAGUCCACUGAGCCCUGUAGGUCAACCCAUGGGCAUGGCCAGGGCAUCUGCAGGCCCACUCCCACCCAUCUCAGCAGACUCACGGGACCAGUUUGGCUCCAGUCACUCUCUUCCAGAAGUCCAACAGCACAUGAGAGAGGAGUCCAGGACAAGUGGCUAUAAACGGGACAUUGCCUUUAUAAAGGAUGACCUUCAGGGGGCCAUGUCAGAUAGCGAAGCUGGAGGUCCUAGCUGGAAUGUGAAAGCAUAUCACCUUCAGCACGAAGAGACAGACUGGUUUGACAAACCCCGCCAGGGACGUGGUGGACCAGAAGCCGGGGCAGAGAGACCGAUGAAAGGCAGCCAUUACCCCUUCCCACACACUCGCAUCAAACUGCAACGGGACCCUAAGGACCACACCGUCUCAGGGAGUGGGCUGGGAAUCAGAGUUGUGGGUGGAAAAGAGAUUCCAGGGACCAACAGAGAGAUCGGAGCCUACAUUGCCAAUGUUUCAGCAGGGGGCUGUGCUGAGCAUACGGGAAAAGUUGUUGAAGGAAUGCAGGUUCUGGAGUGGAAUGGAAUCACUUUGCUGGGAAAGACAUAUGAAGAAGUGCAAAGCAUUGUGGGUCAGCAGUAUGGAGAGGCAGAAAUAUGUUUGCGCCUAGACCUAAACAUGCUCUCCAACACAGAACACCCUCAACAACUGGAGCUCCAUACUCAGCUGAGAGCUGGUGAGCGUCAGCGUUCUCCAGGUGUUGACUCAAAGCAGCUGGCUGCAGAGCUGCAGAAGGUAUCGCAGCAGCAGACUCCUGCCUCCGUGCUGUCUGCUCUGGAGAGAGCGGGACACUUGCACUCUGGCACCGGAUCAGCCGCUUCAAGUGGGGUCCCCAGCCCUGGGCAACCCGGGUCCCCUUCUGUCAACAAGAAGCGUCAUAGUAGCAAGUCAGCAGAGGUUCUGAAGCCACAACCGCAUCCAAUCACUGGUGAAAUACAACUUCAAAUCAACUAUGACCGGAAUAUGGGCAAUCUGAUUGUUCACGUGCUACAAGCAAGAAACCUCGCUCCUAGAGAAAACAACGGAUACACAGACCCUUUCGUUAAGGUCUAUCUCUUGCCAGGGAGAGGCCAAGUCAUGGUUGUCCAGAACGCAAGUGCUGAGAACAAGAGAAGAAUUAAAUAUGUCCAGAAGACUCAGAACCCAGAGUGGAACCAGACCGUCAUUUAUAAAAACAUCCAUCUGGAGCAGCUGAAGAAGAAAACUCUGGAGGUUACUGUGUGGGAUUAUGACAGAUAUUCCUCAAAUGAUUUCCUGGGAGAAGUGCUCAUUGAUCUCUCAAACACGACUCAGCUGGAUAACACGCCUCGCUGGCACCCCCUAAAGGAGCAAAGCGAGAGUAUUCACCAUGGAAGAACCCACCCUCCGCAGGGGCCCGGCGGCUCCGGGGGACUCGGAGGUCAGGGCGGCCCUGGCAGUCAGGGGGGCCCUGGAGGGCCAGGAGGUUCUGGAGGUCAAGGAGGGCAACCGGGGAACCAGCAGUCCCCUAAAACCUCUGUCAUCAAGAGCCGAAGUCACGGAAUUUUCCCUGACCCUGCUAAAGAUACACAGGUCCCUACAAUAGAAAAGUCCCACAGUAGUCCUGGCAGCUCCAAAUCUUCCUCUGAGGGUCACUUGCGCUCCCACGGCCCCUCACGCAGCCAGAGCAAAGGCAGCGUCACCCAGGCCCACCUGGAAGAAGCCGGGAACGCCAUCGCUGCAGCUGAGGCUGCGGUGCAACAGGCCCGACUCCAGCCAAAUAAAACAAACCACAAAAUAAUCGAUGGGGAUGCAUACACUCUGGACAGUGAAGAUAGUUUGGGCACUAACACUGUGGACAGUGCCAUAUUUCAGGUCCCUCAGCUGAAAAACAUUCCAAAUGGAACAGAUAAAGGCAGAGGACUUGAAUCUUUGAACCUGGCUGAUUCAGAAGGUAAGAUGAUGGGUGAGAUCAAGGUUGCUCUAAAGAAGGAAAUGAAGACUGAAGGAGAGCAGCUGGUUCUUGAGAUCCUGCAGUGCAGAAACAUCACCUACAAGUUCAAAUCUCCAGACCACCUACCUGACUUGUAUGUAAAGCUUUAUGUGGUGAAUGUGGCAACUCAAAAGAAGAUCAUAAAGAAGAAGACCAGAGUGUGUCGCCACGACAGAGAGCCAUCAUUCAAUGAGACAUUUCGUUUGAACCUGAAUCCUGUUGGCCACUCUAUUCAGCUGUUCCUAGUGUCAAAUGGAGGGAAGUUUAUGAAGAAGACCCUGAUUGGCGAGGCCUACAUCUGGCUGGACAAAGUGGACAUGCGUAAGCGGGCCGUCAGCUGGCACAAGCUAGUGGCCACAACCAGUCAAACGCAGCCGUAAUCACAAGCCGUCCAUCUCCCAUCGGUGCCCUCCAAAAAAGAGAAAUAAAACAGGAAAAGGUGGGUUUGUGAAUCUGGAAUGACUGAUAGAUCAUGGAAAGAGAAAAUUGAGGUUGCAUUAAAUACUGUGACGAAGUGUUUGAGUCCAUUCACCAGGAUAGAUAAGUGUAUUUCCACUCCCAAAGCGCUGCUGUUGUCAGCUAUUGCGGGAGUCAUUUCUGCAACUGCAUUCUACAUCUAAAAUAUCUUAGGCAUGGGCCAAUUGUUACUACCAACUAUUACAUUUCAAUGUCAUUUCAUCUUUUAUCACACAUCCGAAAUCAUAUAUAUUUCAUGCAAAAAACAUUGUUUGCAAGAAGAUAGAUGUAGCAUAUAGUUGACACAAUCAUGUGAUAUAUAAUGACCAUAUCAGACUAUGUUAUGCACUCUAUGGAGGUUAUACUGUAAGGAAGAAAGACAAUCGUAAAUAUAAUGGAUUCCCUUUAUUGAAUGCAACAUCCAAUCGCACAGUUCAAGAUUCCUCUGUUUAUAAUGUUUUGAGUGUCGUCUUCAAUGUUUAGGGAACGUUGAAACUUCAGGUUGUGACUGACAUCAGCUAUUGGACAUGGAUCCGUCAAUGAAGUCGAGAUGAUCUGGGUAUCACACAUUCCUCUUGAUCAUUUCAAGAAUGGCCGUUUGCUGGACGCUAAAUGAAGGUGUGCUUUGUUUUUAGCGUCUCAAUCCCUCAAAUUUGGCUCUCUGAGGUUACGAUCAUCCAGAAGUAUGAUUGUACGUGUCCACGAUGUGUGUUUGUUUUAUGAACAGCAUCUUGAAGUAAAUGUCAUGUUAGUGGUCAGAUGUUGUCAUCAAUAGUCUGUUUUGUGACCAAGUUGUAUGUGGAAUCCAAAUAUGCAAUGACAAAAAAAGAUUAAUAAUAAUAAUGAUAAUACUUAACGUACAUUUGAGUCCUCCUUGGCGUUUAUAUAAGGGUUCUGGCUCAAUUGGCUUGAUUGAAAUCCUGAUGUAACGUUUGUUUACUUUAAUGGUGCAAGGUGUCUGUCCUGCAUCUAUGGUGGUGCACUUUUAAUAUUGUUUUUCUGCUGUAAAGUUCAUAUGUUCAUGUCAGUUUAGUUCUUUUUCAUUAUGAUCACUGCCUCUUUAACCUGCACCAUAUCAGUGUGUAACGACACUAGUAUGUGCCAUCGAUGGAUAAAGGCACAUGUGUUUUGUCUGUCUAGGAUCUCAACACCAGACAGUAAUUUUCUAACUUAGCAGUCAGUGUUUCCAUUAUCAAUAUCAGUGGACAUAUUUCACACAUGGAAACAGACUGUUAUAAUAAAAUGUACUCUAACGUUUUAAUAUGAUUUAAUCUGCAUCUUGCACAAGUGGUGCACAGAUGUACCUGAAUAUAAGGUUACUGUCAUAGUAAGAUGAACUAUCGUGUGCCAACCUGAUGUUUUAACCAAAUCCACUGGUUCUGUUUGGGUAAAUCUAUGCAACAUGGAUUAUGUUCUUUGAAUGCAUAAAUCUUAACAUGCGACAUUAAAGCGAGUGUCUGAAUAUAUGUAUAUCUGUUAAGGAAAAAAAAAAACAGAAAUUCAUUAUAUGAAUAUUGUAUAAUGUUUAUUUUAUUUAUUUAUUUUGUACUUCGUCUUUAUGGCACAGUACAUUUUAAUCAUAUGCACUUUACAUUAUUGUUUUCAUAGGUUUCAACAUUUUAUCGUAAAUAAUGACAAAAUAAAUAUGCUGACCAGAAAUGAUUUUAUUU